AUGCCUGUCGAACUGCGCAAACGUCCUCCUCCAAAGGAACCAGCUGCCCCUCCUCCGGCCGCAAAGCGAGGCAGCGGGAGCAGCACGGUGAAGAAGCUUGCCGGCAAGGCCAAGGCCGCCGUGACUGGGUCCGGGUCGGCCAAGGCGGCCAAAAAGACCCGUGGCCCUGCCGUGACCAACCCACCGGAGGAAGCUCCUGCUCCCACCUCCUCUGUCAUCGUCCCCGAGGUCGUCCCGGCCACCGCAGGCGUCGGCGAGGAGUCCAAAGAGGAGCCUCCGACGGCGAAUGGGAGUGCUGUCCAGGGCAAGGCAACUACCUCCGGCAAGCUCAGCGUGGGCGACAAGAUUGAUCUAGAGGGCUUUGGGGGCACGGUGCAGACGCACGAUGGUACGAGCGUGACAGUGAAAGAAUUGAUCGAGAAGAGCGGCGCCGGCAUCGUCAUCUUUACGUAUCCGAAAGCGAGCACGCCCGGUUGCACGAAUCAAGCUUGCCUCUUCCGAGACAACUACGCGCCCAUCACAGGUGCAUCGCUCGCAGUCUAUGGACUGAGCUCAGACAGCCCCAAGUCAAACACGACCUUUGCGACGAAACAGAAGUUGCCGUACCAGCUUUUGUGUGACCCGAACAAUACUCUCACAUCCGCCAUUGGGAUGAAAAAGCCAGGCCCCAGCAAAUCCGCCACCCGCGGUGUGGUCGUCAUUGAUAAACAAGGGACUCUCCGCCUCUGGGAGCAAGCCGGCCCUGCCAAGACGCUCGAAGCAGUCUUGGAAUAUAUCAAAACCCAGGGUAUGACUGAGACCGGCGCUCCAGCGGCAGUUGCCGCACCGCCCGCGGAGGACCCGGUUGCGUCGGAGGAGGCAGCGAAGCUGGCAGAUCCAGAUACCAAGAUGGACGAGGUGCCGCUGGUCAGGACGCCGAGCAAAUCCGAGCAGGAUGCCGCUGAGACAGCCGCAGAGGUGGGCGAGACGGCGGCGAAGAUUGAUUCUGCUGCGGGAGAAGCGAAUGCAUGA